AUGUCGAAAAGGAAAGAGAAGGUGGGCACUAAGCACUUCAGGUGGCUGCCCCUAAUGCACACGACCAUGCUUACUCUACUUGUCGAAGAGGCCGUGAAGGGCAACAAGCCCUCAAACACUUUCAAGGCCGACUCCUUUGCUACUGUAGCCAAGCAAAUAUCUACUCAGUUUGGGGUAGAGUACCACCCCUCAUAUGUGGAGAAUCGACUGCGUACUCUGAGGACCAUGUGGAGCACUAUUCAAACUCUUCGGAAGAAGAGUGGGUUUGGCUGGGAUGAUAACUUGAAAAUGAUCACAUGCAAUGCAAAGACCUAUCAGGAAGAAGUGGUGGCACAUCGUAAGCAUGCGAAGUAUUUGAACAAAAAGAUAGAGAUGUACGAUGAAUUGGCCAUUGUAGUGGGGAAAGACGUGGCCAUGGGUAGCUUCGCUAAGUCAUAUGUUGAUAUUGACACAGAGCAAGACAAUGGGGAGAGCACUGAGAUGGUGGCUGACAAUGGGGAGGAGGGUGUGGUGGAGAAAGGGAAGAAUGUGCUGAAGGAAGCUGCUGUGGCCCUGAAAGAAAUCAACCAGGGGCCUGUUGAUUAUGACAGUUUUUACUCUGAGGUGGUGGCUGUGGUGGCGGAUAGGUAUAGUGAAAAUAUGCUCACAACUGCCUUUAACCAUCUCUGUGAAAAUGAGAAGGCAACUAGGGGAUUUCUAGCCAAGAAUGCUAAGCUAAGGAAGCUUUGGAUGGAUGGUUAUUUGUUCACUCGACUCUGA